UAUGGCGACCUACUGAAUUCCACGAAAUUUGUUUACAUUUACAAUUUUCAAAAUUUAUUUUGUGUGUGUAAAAAUGCUUUAAGAUUCAACGAUGUCUUCUGAUAGCGAUCAAGAUGAAUUUUUUGAUGCAGAGGAUAGUACACCAUUCCAAUCAUUUCUAGUAGUUCCAUCACCAGGAUUUACUGCAAGUUCAGAAACAUUGAGCGAUUUUGAAGAAGAAGAAAAAAGAAUAUUGGAAUUAAAGAAGAGGGCUGAAGAGCGAAGAAAAAAAGAAGAUGAGGAUCUAGCGAGGAGAUUAUCAAUUUUACGAAAGAAAAAAGCGGCUGAGUUUGAGGACACAGUUGAAAGUGUUUGUGAAGAUGAAAUACGAAGAAGAAAACUGUUUGAAAUGAGACAGUUGAUUGGUACAGAAAGUACACCAGUAAAGACUACCGAGACAUCAAUCUCUGUCGAAGAAUCUACGGACGACAGUUCCAUUUCUGAUAACAGAAAUGAAUGCAAUACACCGGGCACAAAAUCACACACCAUUGAGAAAAUGGAGAACAAUUGGGGGGACUGUGAUGAAUAUUUAUUACGUUUGCGACGAAAACGAUCGGGUUCGUUCGGAGAUCUACCUCGGGACACAUCACAAUUGGUUUUGGACACGAGUAGUAUUUGUGAAAUUAGUAGAGACAAUAUAAAGACGAAUAUUAGUGAAUUUCAUCCCGAAAAAGGUAAAUUAGAUAAAUCACUAUCGUUUGAUCUGGAUAAUACAUCAACGUCGGCGGAAGUUGUCGUUGAUGAUAUUAUUAAAGAGGAACAAAUCGCCAGUAAUGAACCAGAUAUUGUGCAAAGCACAAAAACGAAAACACCACCUACAUCGUUUAUAAGACCAGUAGCUCCCCCUAGAAGAAAACGAAGAAGUAAUGAAGAUUCGGAUAGUAUUUCAUCCAUGUCAGAAAUCAUGAACCCUGGAUUACCUCCCCCUACUCCAAGUACGUCAACUAAACAGUCACAUGAUGCAGUGACAUCACUUGAUAUAGAUAGUGUGAUUGGUGGAACAAGACAUAUAACAUCACAGGAAGCAGAGUUGGAUGCCAAGCAUUUAGAUCCUGAUGUCGAUUCACUGGACAUGCGUAUCUUCUCAUUUGAAGAAGUGACAGACGAUGAAUUAUUAGGGGGAAGUGAUACAGAAUCUGGUCGUAAAAAAUCAUUACGUCCAACCAUGAGACCGAAGAAAAAGAGUGUAGAUCAAUCAUUGUCUCCUAGCGCAUCAACAUGUCGUCCAAGAUCUAAUUCAGGAAGAUCUUUGACAGAUCAGGAAAUUUUGGAUUCUGUGAUGAUAUUAGAUUUAGAUACAGGAGAUAAAAUACCAUUAAGUGUUGCGGAAGAAAAAAUACCAGCUACUCUAAAUCCAUUGGCGUUACAUAUAAUGAAACUUGCUCAAGAAUUUCAGUCUGAUAAUCAGUCUAUAGUAACGGGAAUGGAAUCAGAUGAAGAAGAUACACGAUCUGAAAAGGGAACCCUGGGUACAUCUGGUCUUAAAGCCAAAGAAAAAGCAAUUAAAUUAAAGAAGUUUUUAGGAAGGAAAAUGGGUAGAACAGUUAAAAAAGUAAAAAGUGCAGCUGAUAAUGUUUUACAUGGAGAAGAACAGAGUAUAGAAAAGGAAGUGUUAUUUGAUGGAAAAAUAUUUAAGAUCAAAUCAUCUGGUAAUAAUAAAGGUCCACAUGAUUUUACACAGUUACAGAUGUUACAAGAUAUGAGUGGAGAACAUGUCGGGGCUAUAUGGACAAUGAAAUUUUCACCUUGUGGCCGUUUAUUGGCAACAGGAGGUCAAGAUAGUGUUUUACGUAUAUGGGUUUUAAAAUCAGCUUAUUCACAUUUUGAUGAUUUACGGCAAAAAUAUUCUGAUGUAAAAGUAUCACCAGCUCAAUCACAUGAAAGUCUGAAUUCCACCACUUCUGAUGCUUCAUUCAAGGAAACUAAUGGAGCCUGUUUUGAACCUGAAAAUACAAAUGCACCAUUUAAAAAGAAGCCAUUUUGCUCAUAUAGAGGUCAUUUAGCUGACCUUUUAGAUAUAUCCUGGUCAAAGAAUUAUUUUAUUUUGUCUUCCUCAAUGGAUAAAACAGUUAGAUUAUGGCAUAUUUCACGUCGAGAAUGUUUGUGUACAUUUCAACAUAUUGAUUUUGUGACAGCUAUUGUGUUUCAUCCUAAGGAUGAUCGUUAUUUCCUCAGUGGAUCGUUAGAUGGUAAAUUACGAUUAUGGAAUAUACCAGAUAAAAAGGUGACUUUAUGGAGUGAGGUUAGAGGCUCAUCUAAUCUUAUUACCACAGCUAAUUUUUGUCAAAAUGGAAAAUUUGCUGUUGUAGGAACAUACGAUGGAAAAUGUAUAUUUUACAAUACAGAGCAAUUAAAAUAUUUUACUCAGAUUCAUGUACGAUCAACUAGGGGUAAAAACGCUAAGGGUAGAAAAAUAACGGGUAUAGAAUCUCUACAAACAGAAGAUAAGUUACUAGUGACAUCGAAUGAUUCUCGUAUAAGAAUGUAUGAUUUAAGAGAUUUAACAUUAUCAUGUAAAUAUAAAGGUAGUACCAAUAACAGUAGUCAGAUUAAAGCUAAUUUAAGUCCAUCAGAGAAAUAUAUCGUAUGUGGAUCAGAAGAUCAUUUUAUCUAUAUAUGGAAAGUCCACCAUGAUUACACCAAGUUUUCUUCGGCUAGAAGAGAUAGAAAUGAUUACUGGGAAGCUAUUAAAGUUCAUAAUGCAGUAGUAACUGCAGCCAUCUUUGUUCCCAAUCCUGCGUUGUUUUAUAAAUCUGAGGACAAGUCUGAUCAGACGGCAGGUUUGUUUGGUGGAGAACAAGGGGAGAUUAUUAUAUCUGCUGAUUUUACAGGAGCUAUAAAGGUUAUAGCUAAUAAACCAAGAAGCUGAAAUAGAUUUUAUUUUAUAUUAUAGACAUUAUUGAAAGGCUUUAUUUUACUGCUGAAUGAAUAUGUAACCAAUGCCAUGCACAAUGCAGACCAUUAAAUGUGAUGUGGUCCCACAGUCAGUGUCUGGAAUCCUACGGACUAAGGCUAACAUUAACAGUGGGAGCCCACACAAGUCACCAGCUUCAUCAAUAGGGCAAGAUCUUACUGCUUCAUCCAUGGGGCAGGAUCUUACUGCUUCAUCCAUGGGGCAGGAUCUUACUGCUUCAUCCAUGGGGCAGGAUCUUACUGCUUUAUCUAUAGGGCAAGA